AGCGUCGUUUCUCCAAGUCAAAGACGUGUGACUGCGGACCGCAGAGCGUAUAUUAUGUAUAGGUAGCACCUACAGGUAUUAUACUCGGGUGAUACUGGUAUAUAACGAUAAAUGGGACGCGUUUCGUCGAGACGACAUUAUUUUUUUUUUAUAUACGUUUACCGCAGGAUUGCGCCUCGGUUUUUUUUUUUUUUUUCGAUCGUACCUGUGUAUGUAAUAUAUAUCUACAUAAUAUUAUGUAUAGGUAAAUCUAUCGUUGUCUGCAGCACGACCCGCCUACCUGUUACUUGCAGUUAUUAUACACGAAUAGGGACGUGAAACGAGAACAAAAUCUAGGCUAAUUCAACGGACGGCGACGCCGCCGUCAUUGCGUAACCGCCGACCGACAUUGUAACCUCUCUUCCUGGCUUGACGAUACCUCAAUACGUACGUACGCCUAUAGAGGUGCCCACCUCGCGGACACAAUUUUUUAUUAUUGUUAUUAUUUUCUUUUACUUUUCGUUUUUUGUUACCGAGUUAUACCGCCGUUGCCGGUCGGUAUUCCAGUGUUAACCAAACCGUUUAGAUGACCGGACACCGUCCGUGUCCCCACAGCGGUAGCGGACACGACGACGACGACGGCAAGAAAGUGCGUGACGUUCUUAAACCUAAGCUCUACCAACGGAGGACUGCUGUAGCUGCAUAUACAUAGGUACCAGCUAAAACUAUAUAUAUAUAUUCGUACCAAUCGUACCUAUCUACCCAUACCUAAGCUGAGUUAUGGACUUCGCAACAUCGUACCGAAACUCUGCCGCCGCGAGAGUGUGUGACGUUCGUUUCGUGUGGCUAAUGUUAAUAGCAGCGGUCGCGGAGUGCACCGGCUCGGAACGCGCUGCACUGCAACUGCCCAAUUAUUCUAGUGGAUAUUACCCGCAACAUUUUGUUCUGAUCGACCCUUGGGUGUCACCGUCAUCGAAAAACACAAAAUCAACUGUUUACAAGAAAAAUAAAGGUAAAUCAGAUGAAUCAAAAGGAGGCAUAAAAGAAAUUGAUGCAGAAAAAUAUAAAAGUGGUAAACUCAUGAAUGAAGAAAAAUCAACAAAAUACAAAGAAGAAAAGGGAGAUGAUGACAAAUAUAAUAACAAAGGAAGUAAUGCUGGAGAGGUACAUACUCAUGGAGGUAAAAAGAAAGAAGCAUCAUACAAAAAAGGCGACAAACAAAAAAAAUUUAAAACAAAAAAAGGUUUUCGAGAUAAUUAUCACAAAAAUGAAAAACAUAAAGUUAAUGAAUUCUGGGACAAUUAUGAAACAUAUGGUACAUUUAAGAAAUUUGGGAAAAAGGGUGACAAAAAGUUGUUAGGCAAUAACAAAAGCAAGAAAAAUAAAACCAAAAAAGGAGGCCAAUCAAACAAAGAGAACAGUAACAAAGGUGAAACAAAACAUAAGUCUGGAAAAAAAGGAGAGACCGGACAUAAAAAGGAAAAGCAUAGUGACACUCACUAUAAUAAUGAGUCUAAAUAUCACCAAGAAAAGAAAUCUAAAAAACUCCAUAAGAAAAAUACAUAAAACGUGUUAACAUUUUAAUAAAAAAAUAUUA